CAGGAGGGGAGGUGCCUGUGUAUUUAGAGCCCUCAAAUGUGGCUCUGGGAAGGACAGCCCUGGUUCCAUCUAGUCGGGGGUUGCAAAACCAUCCUGGGGAGCUGUCAAUCACCCCCUCAUCUCAUCCUGCCACUCUGCGGGGUCUGGAUUACACUUGGGGCUUAGUCUUUUGACCUGAGAGAUUACCAUCUGCUUAAAAUCUUACCAGUGUGAACAAUGGCUACUUCCUGCCCAGCACUCCCAGAGUCCUUCACUCCUGGGCCAGAUGGUGUAUAUACAGACCGCCUGGGCUUCUACUCCUUGGACUCCAAUGUUCCUGGCCUGUCAAAGGUUAUCCUCAACAAGCUCAACAUGAAUGACUAUGGUGACUACAGGGCUGCCCUGCAGGGGAAGGCAAAGGGCCUUGGCUUCCGGUCCCACAAGGAGAUGUUCCAGAAGAUGGAGGACACGUUCAAGUUCUGCGCCGCCUGCAAGAAGCUGUCCGGCCACCUCUCGGAGGGCCAAGCUCUCAAGCGCUGCGUUAAGUGUCUGAAUGUAUAUUACUGCAGUAAGGAGUGCCAGAAGGAGGACUGGCCACAGCACAAAAAGUUCUGCAAGACGUUGCGCUUGGUGGCCAUCGACCGGCUGGUGGAGUGGCUGGUGUUUAUGGGAGAUCUCCCUUUCCCCACAGAGCAGUGGUCACAGCCUGCAGGCAGUGUGAAGGGCUGGGAAGACUGGCUGUCCAUGCAGGGAGACCUGAGCCCCCGCCUGGAUGCCAUCUUGUCUGGGCGUGGCAUGAGAGAUCUGUGGACCAACGCUGGCAGGCCCAGCCCAGAGGAGGGCGACCUUCGGGAGUCAGUUUGGCGGGUGACGAGCGAGUUCCUCUCCCGCCCGCUUACUUUGGGCCUGGGACUGCGCCUCUUCGGCCUGGACCCUUACGCCCGGCCCCUCACCAUCCACCUGGCUGGGGCCUCCCACAGCGAGACCAUGGGGGCCCGGCUCACGGACAUGGAUGAACUGAACCGCAUGUUCCCUGGUCACCAGGGUCUGGAGGUGGUGAUGGUGGGACCUGAGGUAGUGGAGGGGCCCAUUAUGAGACCUCCGUUGAGGGACUUUGGGCCUCGUGGGAGAGUUUACAUCAGUGCCUACAAGGGACUCUAUCACCAGUUCUGGGAAGAUGUCAUAGAGAAACAGGAGGCAGCCAAGCCUGACCUGGUAGUGGGAUUCCAUCCAGGGUUUCAUGCCACCCAGGGUCUGGGAGAAGGCUGGCUCCCUACUCUGCUGCUCCUGCGAGACUACGACAUCCCUUCACUCUUUACCAUGUUCAAUGAGCAGGAGCUGAACUACUCCCUGCAGAUCCUUGCAGAGCUGGAAAUGGACAUCAGGGGCAGUGGACAAAACCCAUUUGCCUCCCUGAAGCCAGAACAGGUGCAGUCGUGUCCAAACAAGGCUCCAGUCUACUGCAACUCCCACUACCUCUGCUUCAUGGGUCUGCUUGAACAGGGGCAGGAGCAGGAGGAAGAAGAUUAGGACUUAUUCCAAAGCCAACCAGUUUAUUGAUACAACAGAACAGAAGUAUCUACAUUUACAGUUACAUUAAUGGUAGUCUACCACAGGGUUGUCUGGUCAAAAGAAGAAUCUCAUUUAAUUUGCUAAAUUAGUAAUUGCGUUUUUUUUUUGAGCCUUGCUUUGAGUUUGUCAAAGAAAUCUCCUGGUAAACACCUCCAAAGUUGUUAUAAGUUGAUUGCAUUUUCUGCUUCUCUCAAUCCAAGUAAUUCCAAAGCCAUUUGUUAAUUUUGAGGUCUGGACUCUGGGGUGUCCAGGCCAUUGUUCUGAGAACACCAGCUGCUUGAUCUUCUUAGCAGUGUGCUUGAGGUUAUUAUCUUGCUGUAGAAUGAAUUUGCUCCCAAUCAAAUAUUGUCCACAAGGCAUUGCAUGAUAUGUUAAGAUUUAUUUGAUUUACCGGCAUCCAUGAUGCCUUCAAUCACCAACUCCAGGUGGUGUUAUACAACCCCAAAUUUGCACUUGCAUCCUCCGCCAUGCUUGACGAUGGUUGUAGACCUGGUUUACGGUUGGGGAGCGUAUCUAUGUUCCCAGGGUCCUAGGACCUUGGGAACAUAGGACCUUGGGAGAGCACAUAUGUAGAGCUGGGGAACAUAGGACCCUGGGAACAUAGGAAUGACCUACGGUUGUAGACCUGGUUCUGAGAGUCUUUCAUUGCUUUGGCGGCAUACAUACUGCCUUCUAUUACUUCCAUAAAUCUCAAAUUUACUCAUUGGUCCAUAAAACCAGUUGUGGUGAACUAGUGCACAUUUUCUGCUCUUGCGUUUAUUUCCCUUUCUCAGUAGUGGCUUUUUGAUAGCUACACAUCCUUUCAGACCCGUAGCAUUGAGUUCUCUUCUCACAGUGGAAGAUACAUAGAAACACAUGUGCAUUUAUUCAAAUCUGAAGCAGAAGUGGAGUUUCUUUUUUUCUGACUCUCAAAGAGAAAAUCUUUAAGUACUGUCUUUGUAAUAGUGUAGUUCCGGUAGUCUGACAGUUCUGCUAUGAGUCCCAUUUUCUCUGUAUCUUGCAAUAACCUUUUAAACUCAUGUUUUUUUUUCACUUAUUUUCUUUUGGCUUACACCUUUCAGCUUCUCCGUUGAAUUGUCUUAUAUGUAAUCUUGUCAGAAAUAUAUCCUUUACCCAUUUUGGAUACACAUAACAAAGAAAUCUGCAAGGCGGCUAAGGUGUGUUUGGGUAGUUUGUUUGAAUGUCAGUCACUUUUGAAGGCAAAGGGUUGUAAUAAAACAUCACUGACACUUUUGUGAACAACCUUCGUUGGGAGGGCACAGCUGUAACUUGUUUGUUGUUCGGAAGGAUGGAAAACGUAAAGUUGUAGUAUAGUCCACAAAAGAAAGACUGGAAAAAUAUUUAUAAAUUUGAUAUAGGUAGUGGUGGAAGCUUUUCAUUAAUUUUAUGUUAGAUAUGUUUCCUGCAUUAUUGUCUGACACAGAAAAUAAAAUUUGUACUGAAUGGCUGAUUUGACUUUAAACUGAAUAAAUGAAAGGAUGGUCUCUGACUCUUGACUGUAUACAGUACUGUGUGUAUAGUUAUCACAGAGUAUUAAUGAACAUUCAGUGGAGAUUAGGAGAAAAUGGUGGAUAAUAUUUGAGUUUAAUGGUGGGUAAUAGGGAUUCUGUACUACACUUGGUGCCCUUUUCAUUUACAU